UUCAGCACCAUGGACAGCUCCGUGGUUCACAUCUACAAAGAGGACAGGUGUCCAUCAGGUCAGCCGGAGGAGUGCAUGCCCAACUUCACCUGGCAACCCGGACUAUCGGACGUCUUCAACUACACUCCAAACGGCACUUGGGAGAACGAACCCGAGCCCAUGUCGCCCCUAAUUCCCAUCAUUGUGGCGGUGUACUCCGUGGUGUUUGUGGUGGGUUUGGCGGGCAACUGUUUGGUGAUGUACGUCAUCAUUAGGUACACAAAGAUGAAAACAGCCACCAACAUCUACAUCUUCAAUCUGGCCGUGGCUGACGCUCUUGUCACUACCACCAUGCCCUUCCAGAGCACCGACUACCUGCUCAGCUCCUGGCCCUUUGGCGAGGUGGCGUGCAAAGUCUUCAUCUCCAUCGAUUACUAUAACAUGUUCACCAGCAUCUUCACGCUGACCAUGAUGAGCGUGGACAGAUAUGUGGCCGUGUGCCACCCCAUCAAGGCCCUGGAUUUCCGCACACCCGUCAAGGCCAAGAUCAUCAACGUGAUCAUCUGGGUGCUGUCGUCUGCUGCGGGAGUUCCUGCAAUGAUACUGGGUAGCACCAAAACCAACAACGGAACUACAGAGUGUGCCCUACAGUUCCCUGAACCCUACAUCUACUGGGACACCUUGAUGAAGAUCUGUGUCUUCAUCUUUGCCUUCGUAGCACCUGUCAUCAUCAUCACUGUCUGCUACACACUGAUGGUCAUGCGGCUGAAGAGCGUCCGUCUGCUGUCUGGCUCACGUGAAAAGGACCGCAACCUGCGUCGGAUCACACGCCUCGUGCUGGUGGUGGUCGCAGUCUUUGUAAUUUGCUGGACGCCCAUCCAUAUCUUUAUCCUGGUCAAGGCCCUGUCUGCUAAUGUGCCUGAGACCACUGCUGUCAUGGCUGCCUACUUCUUCUGCGUAGCGCUGGGCUACACCAACAGCAGCCUAAAUCCCAUCCUCUACGCCUUCCUGGAUGAGAACUUCAAGAGAUGCUUUAGGGACUUCUGCUGCCCUGGCACACAGGGACACAGGGACUGUCAGGGGGUUAGUCGGGUGAGAAGCACCCUUCGGGACCACUCGUGUCCUACAGAAGGCCGAGGUGAUACUAUGAGGCAGGCCAGGCCCGUAUGA